AUGAGUCGUAAAGAAGAGAAUCGAAUUGGACUACUUGGGGCAACUAGCUAUAUUGUAGGAUCUAUUAUUGGAUCAGGUAUAUUCGUCAGUCCCAAAGGAAUAUUAGAACAUACUAAAUCUGUAGGACUCUCUCUAAUCGUUUGGGUCCUCUGUGCAGCUAUUAAUGCGAUCAGUGCUUUAAAUUACAUUGAACUGGGAACAUCCAUUCCACAGUCUGGCUCUGAGUUCGCCUAUAUCAGUUAUGUAGGUUGGGAGCCAAUAGCUUUCUCUUUUCUAUGGCUGUGUGCUAUUAUUCAGAGUUCAUGCUCUGGCUCCGUUCUGUUCUUAACCUUCGGACAGUAUAUGAUUCAAGCUGUUGAGCCAUUAACAUGCUUAUCCGACUUCGACAAAAACAUAGCCAUCAAACUUUUUGGUUUUGGCCUAAUAUUGUUUUUGACUGUCAUCAACAUGUACUCAUUAAACAAGCUGGCUGCUAAAGUUCAAAUAUUGUCUAUGAUAUCGAAAAUAUCAGCAGUUGGAAUGAUAAUUGGAAUCGGAGCAUAUUUUAUGAUCUUUGAAGGUGCUACUAAAAAUUUUAAUAAACAUCAAAUAUUCAAAGGAAGCAACUUUUCAAUAUCACAAAUAGUAUUAUCCAUAUAUCAAGGUAAUUGGGCAUACGGUGGAUAUACGACUCUCAACUAUGGGACGGAAGAAAUUGAAAUAACAAAUUUUUCAAGAACUCUACCAAGAGCUGUACUCGGAGGAUUAUUCAUAUCUUCCGUCAUUUAUGUGAUGGCAAAUAUAGCUUACUUUAGCGUCUUAUCUCCUGAGGAUAUUAUACAAUCAGAUGCUGUAGCUACACUUUUCCUUCAAAGAACAGUAGGAAACAACUUUGCUUAUAUUAUGCCUGUCUUGGUGGGAUUCUUAAUCAUUGGAACUCUAAACGGUGACAUCUUCAGCUGGAGCAGAUAUAUGCUUGCGGGAGCGAGAAAAGGAAUGCUCCCAUCUGCCAUGGGCUUAAUUCAUCCCGAAAACGAUAGUCCACGUGUAGCUAUCUGGACACAUACGAUUCUUUGCAUUCUGUUUUCAUUCAUAGGUGAUGUCGAUCAGCUUGUUGAUUAUCUGACUGUAAUUGGCAUAAUGAGUACGAUAUGUGCGCUUCUAGCUUUGAUCUUAAUUAAAAUAAAAGGCAUACCAGUAGCAUCUUCAGCUGUGAAGUUCUCACUUGUAUACCCAAUCAUUGGUUUGAUCAUUCAAGUGUUUCUUCUUGUGACUCCGAUAGUAAUUGAUCCAAUAACUUCUUCUGUGGGAAUUGGGCUAUUCUUGAUUGGAGUAGCUUCAUACUAUGUACUUAUAUAUCCGAAAAAAAAGCUGAGUAUCUUAAAAACUGCAGAUGAAUAUUCGACUCGCUUAUGCCAACUCAUUUUCUGGUGCAUAUUAGAUCUCGAUCCUAAACAACGCAAAUCAUCAGAAACGACAAAAGCUGAAGAAACUCAUGAAGAAGAGAGCGAAACCUACAUAGAGAGAUUUUAA